AUGUCUAUUUUUCCCCAAUCGAUCAGGCUUGGAGACAAGCAGACGGUCGAAUCCGCUCGAGACCCCCUCGCCUUGGCUACACGUGCACAGCGCUUCGAAGGACCUGGACGCCAAUCGAUCCGGCAACUGACAUUUUCCAGGCCACUACAGGACAGACGAACCGGCAUGCAGAGUGCUCUCUCGACCAAUCCAGUGACAGCUCCCACAGACGGAGCUGGAGAACUCCACCUGAGGGGGCACCGGCUGACAAGUUAA